AUGGAAUCUAUGGUGCCUUUGAUGUUGCUGCUAUCUUUCGUCAUUAUAAAAGGUUCUUUGUUCAGUUAUGUUUAGGUGUGGUUCCCAUAUGGAAAACAGAAAAACGUGUUCACUAUCACUACUUCAACAUCUUUGCAAUUGAGACUUUUACGGGAGUAAAAUGCUUGCGCAAAAGUUUAAUGUUGGGGCACAAAUUUUUUUCUUAAUGUGGACAUUUAUUAUGCGAUGAUGUUGAUCUGGCGCCGACUGAUCGAGUUCUAUAUACAUGACUCAUGCAUUCAACUUUUUUCUCUUGUUUGGGUUAUUUUCAUGCAUGCUCGUUACAGCAUACGGAUCGUCUUUCGUAGAAGUAAAACAGACAGUGACAGAUGAUACAAUACAAGGAGACUUUGACGAUGAAGGUAAUUGCAAUGUACGCUGCAUUACUCAAAGUGGUUGAAUUGCCUGUAAAGAUAAAACGUUUGCUCUUAAAAUACGCUCUUUUUUACUACGACACAUUAGUGUUGCUUCUUAUGCAAACGUUCUUUAGUGCUUAGUCAGAAACGCGUCAGCAAGAAGAACAGUGGAGUAGAUCAGAAGACUAAUAUCAGUGAGGCGUCGUGUUUACUGGAAAAGAAACUAAAAAAGCUGCCAGUUAAGGUGUUUCGAUAUAAUUAGUUUUCAGAAGCUAUAUUAAUAUUUUUCAAUCGCCUUAAAAGUGUUUUUUUUUUCCUUGUCCGAUCGCUAUAAAUUUUUCACCAGUAAUUGGCUAUGGAUUGAAAUUUAUGAAAAUGUAGUUUUAAGUAAAAUCGAUAUUACUAUGACAACAAUAAAGAAAAAACUUUUAAACUGAUAAAAGCCGAAUUUUGUGUGAGCUAGACCAGCUACUGAAAAUCCAACACUAGGAACUUAAAGUUUGGUGUUUAGCAAAAGAUCUCCAUAAGAAGUAAAAAAUUCUAUAUGUUUGAAUUCGACUAAAGGGAAAAUAUAUUUCAAACCUUAAAUUUUCAAUAGCCGUGAUAGAUUAUUUAAUAAAAACGUUAUAAAUGAGUCAAAUUAUUCUUAAGUAGCGUCAGAAUGCUGCUUAGUGUCAUAUUUUGAUGCUAGGAAAUAAAUUUGGUGUAUUUUCGUUCUUGCGAAUGUUGAAAAUAAGCCCGUUUUCUCACCACCUGUACAAGUGCCGCUUCAGUCAAAAUUUUUUGUAUAUCUCUGAAACGACUCGAACGAAUUUUUUUAAAAAUCUCUUCACAAAAUCUUCAUAAUGUAACUAUAUAAUCAUAUCUGAAACUUUCAUUGAGAUUGAUUCACUGCAACAUCUUAAAAUUUCAAGACAAACCUAUCCUACGAACCUGUCAAAAAUCUGCGUUAUAACAUUCACUGUUUUGACGUUAUGUUAAUUUUUCCAAAAUAAUGCGCACUAAACAUAACUCCAUAACUAGCACCUUUAAGGUUGAACUUAUAGCAUCUUUUGAAUGUAAAACAUUGGCUUUUUUUAUUUUCCAACUUUCAGACGACGUCGUUGUCAAAGCUGUUCACUCAACAACUUCAGAAUCAGCUUUCAUUGAAUCAGGAUCGGGAUCAGCAUCAGCAUCCGGCAGGAAUAGUGGCUACCCAAGUCCCGAUGAAGACGACUCUAAUGAAGAACAAUUUCUGAAACAAGACGACGGAGACUCCGACGAACAACCUGUCCUGCAGGAAAGCGAGGACGCAAAUAAGAAAAUUACUGAUUAUCCCGCCAAUUAA